AUGACAGCGAGAUGGCCUCUCUACUACAACGUUAAAGGUUUUCUGAUCUGUAAGACAACUGACGACUUAGAAUGUGGAAAGCGACGCACCGUGGGGGCAGGCAGGAAGCGCAUUGUUGGAGGAGUAGAGGCAUCUCCAGGUGAUUGGCCCUUCCUGGCAGCCAUCCUCGGUGGACCCGAAGAGGUUUUCUACUGCGCAGGCGUAUUGGUAGCCGACCAGUGGAUCUUGACCGCCUCGCACUGCGUCGGCAACCAUUCGGACGUGAACGGGUGGACCAUCCAGCUGGGCAUCACGCGCCGCCGCUCGCACGCGUACUACGGCCAGAAGGUGAAGGUGCGACGCGUUGUCCCACACCCCCUCUACAACAUCGGUGUCGCGCACGACAAUGACAUCGCCCUCUUCCAGCUGGCAGUCAGAGUACGCUACCACGAGCAGUUGUCGCCUGUGUGCUUGCCGCCGCCGAAACGCACUCUAGAACCCGGCACUCUCUGCACCGUCAUCGGCUGGGGCAAGCGGGACGACAAGGACAUGUCGGAGUACGAGCCGGCUGUGAACGAGGUGGAGGUUCCAGUUCUGAGCCGCGAGCUCUGCAACCAGUGGCUGGAGCACCGCGACUUGAACGUCACCGCGGGCAUGAUCUGCGCGGGCUACCCCGAGGGCGGCAAGGACGCCUGUCAGGGCGACUCUGGGGGUCCGCUGCUCUGCAAGGACCCGCGGGACCCUUCGCGCUGGUACGUCGGCGGAAUCGUGUCGUGGGGCAUCAAGUGCGCCCACCCGCGGCUGCCGGGGGUCUACGCCUACGUGCCCAAGUACGUGCCGUGGAUCGAACGCCAGAUCUUACUAUACAACGACGAGCACGCGCCCUCCGAGGACAUC